GUUGACACAACACAUGACGUUGAAGUAACGUCAGCAAAUGGCAACGACCCGGACUCUAACCCUGACAGCGCUGAUAUAAAUUGCCGCCGCGACGCAGACGGGCACACUGACACCGGUGGCACGGGGAACACGCCGCACCCGCAGCGCUGACGGCAACUUCAGUCGCUCGGGUCAUCAGCAGCAGGUUUACUGGCUCAGACCACCACUUUUGACAAGUUUGUUCUGAGAAUUUCUUCGCUGGCAGACUUCAUCAGUCUUGAAGAUUAAUCUGGUGUCAUCACUUCAUCAAGUUUACCACUUACCAGCUUGAAGAUCUUUUCUCUGCCGUCAAGAUCACCAUCUUGAAGACGCUUCAACCAACAUGUCCACAUCAGUCGCCAUCAGCCUCCUGCUGGCUGUCGUCCUUCCAGAGACGGUCCUAUCCACCCCCUGCUACUCCUCUUCCCUGCAGCAAUGGUUCGCAGACGGCGCCAAGUGGACUGAACCUCCCUGCACGGGUAUGACCUGUUCCGGGGGCUUCAGCAGGGGUCAGUUCUGUCCCACCGGUUCCUUCACCCCCGGAUCGGGAUGUGUCCGCGAACCGGGUACCCCCGGAGCCGAUUUCCCCGCCUGUUGUGAGAAGAUCAAAUGUCCCGAACCGGGACAAUGCUAUUCGACUGCGCUCGACCGCACUUUCAACGAUGGAGAAACGUGGACCGAGUCCCCCUGCACUAAGCGGGAAUGUCGCAUGGGCACCACGCAUAUCCAGUACUGCCCAACCUACUCCAUGGGUCCUGGCUGUGUCAAGACGCCCGGCAUCCCUGGCGCCGACUACCCACAAUGCUGCGACCAAGUCAAAUGCCCAGAACCCGACCAAUGCUACUCGGAGGGCCUCCAGAAGACCUUCAACAGCGGUGAGACGUGGACGGAGCCGCCGUGUACCCUGUACAGGUGUGACAGCGGAGUGUCGCGGGGUCAGCUGUGCCCCUGGCAGUUCCCCCAGCCCGGCUGUACCGCGGUCAAUGGUACGGCCGGCGCACCGUACCCCCAGUGCUGUGACAGGGUACAGUGCCCCGUCUCAGUACCCUGAGUGGCGUACCCGCGCUGACAUAAUGCUGCCGUAUCAGGGGAAUGUAAAGUUGUAUUCGAAACUUGAUUAGAUUUUGACAUGCCAUGCAACUUUUCUUUACAAGUCAUGGGUAUUGCUUCAAUUCAAAUCUAAUUCAUUGACUUUUUAUUCAAAAGACACCUAAGGACGCUUUGAAAGCUCGCAUCCUGUUGAAGAGAGUGAUAUCUAUUGUUCUUUUGUCAUGAAACAUCUACCUGUGAUUCGUUUAAUUAGGCCGGACCAAUUUGUAUUCGGGGAUUGAGAACGUUCUGGCAGCAGUGUUCAUGGCCAGUGGAGAGGGAUUUGAUGUUCAGUGUUCCUAUAUGUGUUGACGUUGUUCGUGUUGUUAUUGGCUGAAUCAGGGCCAAUAAAUGGAGCCGAGACAGGCAUAAA